AUGGGAAGUCGAGAGGAAGAGGCCGGAUUCGAAACGCGGAGCUUCCGAAAAAUUAGACGAACGCUGGAAGGUUUUAAAAACCCUGGUACUCGAACAGCUGAUGACAAAAACCCUGUCAAUCUGGAAUGUGUAGAUAAAAUCGUUCUCAACCAAAAGAACGCGCAGACAUGUAGCCACUUGACACGCCGCUUGCAGUCCAAAGAGAGACACUCGAAACUGUUAAGCGCUUUACGUGCUCUAGAAGUUAUAUUAGUUCCUGUGAGAAAUUGCUGCUGUAACGGCCUGAAUCGUUACCAAGUACCGGCUUACGUUCGUUUCCUUUCAAUUCCCCGCAACGGGCACGCCAAUCUAACAUCUUCGAACAACCACAGCUCAACAGUAUCGGUCUUAGCUAAGUCAACAACUUUCUGCUGCAAGCCGUACUGUACUGGUAGCGAGCACGUGGGUGAAGCACGGCGAAAUGUGAAAAGAGCUAUGCUAGCGGCGCUCAGUGCUGUCUAUCCGACUUCUCGACCACAAGACUACUGGAUAUUAUCGAGAUCACUGGUCUUGAUUGAUACCAGGAAAUCUAUAACUGUAGGCAGAGAGGACGACGGCGCACGCAAAUGCCUCAAACCCCAAGUAGUGAAGAGCCUAGAGAAAGACCGAGACCCUUGA